CUCAGUAUCUGUUCCACGCGCUCUGUGAUCCAUUAGUUUGGUCUGAGGCACAGCCGUAGGCGCAACACAACUCUGACAACAGCCGCUUUUUACGGGAUUGAGUGUCACCUGGAGGCUGCUGGUCAUGGGGUUGACCAAGCAGUAUCUGCGCUACGUUUCCAGUGCAGUGUUUGGAGUCAUCGGUAGUCAGAAAGCCAACAUAGCAUAUGUGACCCUUCGAGGGGGAGAGAAGGGGCGGUACGUUGCCGUGGCAGCAUGUGAACACGUCUUCAUCUGGGAUGUCCGGAAAGCAGAGAAGGUCCUGAUCCUGCAGGGCCAGAAACAUGAAGUGACCUUCCUCUGCCCAUCUCCUGAUGGUGUCCACAUCGCUGUGGGAUAUGAGGAUGGAGCUGUGCGAAUUUUUAGUCUGCUGAAUGGAGAAAGCACUGUGUCUUUUAACGGCCACAAGUCUGCUGUCACUGUUAUAAACUAUGAUGCACUUGGUGCACGGCUUGUCACAGGAUCCAAGGACACUGAUGUGAUCGUGUGGGACGUCAUCAAUGAGUGUGGGUUGUACAGACUGAAAGGUCAUAAAGACGUCAUCACACAGGCCUUAUUCCUCAAGAAGAAGAACCUCCUGGUCACCAGCUCCAAAGACAGCUUCGUGAAAUGGUGGGACUUGGACACACAGCACUGCUUUAAGACCAUGGUGGGCCAUCGCAGUGAGGUGUGGGGCAUGUUGCUGCUGAAUCAGGAGGACAGGCUGCUCACGGGCUCAGCUGACAGCGAACUGAGAGCCUGGAACAUCAGCUACCUGGAGGAGGGAAAAGCAGACGGUGAGCCCAGAGUGAAGAAAGAGAAAACUCUGCUGGAAGAUGAUGAAGACGAGGAUGAGGAAGUGGAUGAGAGUCCUGAAGAGCGCAUUUUGAGUUGCAAGAAAUUCGGAUCGAUCCUGAGAGAAGCCAGAGACAGGGUUGUCUCACUGACAGCAGAUAACAAGGCCAGAGUCAUCGCCUGCCACGGCAAUGAUUCAGCCCUGGAGCUGUUCACUGUCCUGUCAGAAGAGGAAGUACAGAAGAAGAUGAAUAAGAAGUUGAAGAAAGCCAAGAAGAAGGCAGCCAAAGCUCAGGAGGCAGAGGAGCCGGUGGUGGAGAGGAUGCUGAAGGAUGAGAUCAUCAGGCUGACCAACAUCAAGGCGUCCGCCAAGAUCAGAUGGGUGGACUGCCUGUCCUGUGCCGGUGGUGAGCUGAAGGUGGCGCUGCUGCUACAGAACAACACCAUUGAGACCUACAGUCUGAGGACAUUAAACAACACCCCCACAGCCAAUAAGACAGCCCGCCUCACGCUCGGCGGCCACCGCACUGACGUCCGCACACUGGCCUUCAGCUCAGACAACCUGGCUGUCCUCUCUGCAUCUGGAGACACAGUCAAAGUGUGGAACAGGUCCACUCUACAGGUGAUCCGCACCAUGGCCUGUGAAUACGCCCUGUGCUCCCUGUUUGUACCUGGAGACAGACAGAUCAUCCUGGGCACCAAGAGUGGGAAGCUGCAGAUCUUUGAGCUGGCCUCAGGAAGCCUCCUGGAGACCGUAGACGCCCAUGAUGGAGCUGUGUGGUCCCUUUGCCUGGCCCCAGACCAGAGAGGGAUUGUAACAGGAAGUGCAGACAAGACUGUGAAGUUCUGGGAGUUUGAGCUGAUCAAGGACCAGGGGACGGCUCAGAAGAGGUUGACAGUUAAACACUCCCGUUCUCUGCAGUUGGAGGAAGACGUUCUCUGUGUGAAGUUUUCUCCAGAUCACAGACUGCUGGCUGUGUCUUUGUUAGACUGCACCGUCAAAGUCUUCUACACAGACACACUGAAGUUCUUCCUGUCUCUGUAUGGACACAAGCUGCCGGUUCUGUGCCUGGACAUCUCACAUGACAGUACACUCAUCGCCACUGGCUCUGCUGACAGAAACGUCAAGAUCUGGGGUUUGGACUUUGGCGACUGUCACCGCUCCAUGUUUGCUCACGACGACAGUGUCAUGUUCCUCCAGUUUGUCCCCAAGACUCAUCUGUUCUUCACAGCGGGGAAGGACAAGAAGAUCAAACAGUGGGACGCCGAUAAGUUUGAGCACAUCCAAACACUAGAGGGUCACCAUCGGGAAGUUUGGUGUCUGACCAUCAGCCCAAGCGGUGACUACAUUGUGUCGUCGGGCCACGACAAGUCCCUGCGCCUCUGGGAGAGGACCAGGGAGCCCAUCAUCCUGGAGGAGGAGAGGGAGAUGGAGCGAGAAGCAGAGGUUGAGGAGAGCAUGGCUAAAGGAGACGUACCCGUGGUUCCUGGGGAGACUCAAGGAGAGGCUGCCCCGGCCGGCAAGAAGACUGUGGAGACAGUCAAAGCUGCAGAGAGAAUCAUGGAGGUUCUGGAGCUUUACAGAGAGGAAACAAGGAAGAUGGAAGAGCAUAAAUAUGCUUGUGAGAAAGCUGGCAAAGAGCUGCCUCCGCCACAGUCCAACCCAAUCCUAGUGGCCUUUGGAAAUGUUUCACCAUCCCGCUAUGUGUUAGACGUCAUAAAGAAGGUCAGAUCCAGUGAACUGGAGGUUUCUCUGCUGGUGUUACCGUUCCCUUACAUCCCAGAGCUGCUAACGCUCUUCAACAGCUACAUCCAACAGGGUCUGGAGGUGGAGCUGGUCUGCCGCUGCCUUUUCUUCCUGCUUAAGAUUCAUUUCGGUCAGAUCUCCAGUAACCAGAUGCUGCUGUCUGUCAUAGAUGAGUUACGGACCAACACUCUGUCCAAAGUGUGUGAAAUCAGAAACAUGAUGGGCUUCAACAGCGCAGCGCUUCAGUUCCUUCAACGGGAAAUCGAAAGCAAAGAAGACGUGAUGUUUUUUGCCGAUGCCACCGGCCGGUUGGACGAGAAGAAGAAGAAGAAGAGGAAGAGGGAGCGAGCCGUCCUCACUAUUGCUUGAAUUAAUUUGGACAAUUUUUGUACACACUGAGAAGACUAUUUUCCAGGGACAUGAUUCAUUUCUCAAAUAAAUAACAUUUAUUCCGAGUUUUCUCACAGUUCACUUGAAGUUUUAUACGAACCUCUCAAAACAAAUAAAUCCGUGGCUGCACAGAGAUAGAGUUGUAUCCACAGCGACUCCCUCUGCAGCUUUAUAAAAGAUAUGUAAACGUCCGUACUUGUACUCCCACCGUGAUCACUGCACAUGGAGGACUAGUGUGAUUUAAGCUUGUUUUUAUCCCACAGGCCUAAAGGGAGUGACUCAGCCAUAGAGCCAAGACAUUUCUAGAGAAAGUUAAGACAUAACUUGAGACCACCUGAGCUCUAGACCACCUGGGUGCAGCCACACUGUCAGAGGAGUAAGUCUCAAGCUGGUCUGAUUUAUACAUAUAUAUUAAAAAAAAACAAAAAAAAACUCCCACUUGGCUUUGCUGCCACUGAAAUCAGGGGGAUGUGACUUGACUUUACAGCGCUUGUAACUAAGCCUUAAUUUAUGGUCCUGAGCUAGUAGAUGUGGUAAAAAUAUUUCAGAGGCGGGAGAAAAGCAUUUUACAAUCGUGCACUCUCAGUUUUCAGCUGUGCUUAAAUGUGGAUCACGGAUUGAAUACGUCUCGGUGUCCAGCCCUGUAAUCCCAUGACCUUCAGGAAAGUUUCACACCCACAUCAGACACUUCAUUUUCCACAAGUGUGUUUAUUUCCUGACCGUAGGGCGCUGUGGAAUAAUGAAAUGAACCCUUUAAAACACCUCUCGCUCACUGUUCAUGUUUUAAUCUCACUGAGGACCUAAAAACAAAUUAACUCUAUAUUUACAAGACUGUAAAAAAAAAAAAAAAAAAAAAAAACCUGGGCCAACAGCUCUUUAUGGGGCUGGA